AGCAAAUGCAACACUCCUCCCAUUUUCUCCUUCUUUUUUCAGUUCAAUAAAAGGCAAGAGAAUAUGUGAAUAAUUGAAUGGAGAAGAAGCAAGAGAAUCCCAUGGAGAAUAUGAUAUUUCCCAACGAAAUUCCGCCGCCAGCCUUCGGUGGUGGUGGUGGUGGUGGUGGAAGCAUCUUUGACAUGGCGGGAACAUCAUGUGAAGCUGCUGGUGGUGGUGAUAAGUGGGGAUCAUCAUUAGGUUUCAUGGAUUUGCUAGGAAUCCAUCAAGAUUUUGUCGCUCCUUCUUUAUUCGAUUCUUUCAUUCAGUCUCCGAUGCUCCCACCACCAUCGUCGGCUGAGCUUGCUGCAGUGUUUAACCACCGCCGCCGCCGCCACGAUUUAGUAUUAAACGAGCUCGACAAUAACACCAAGCACCUCCACCAGGGAAGCCUCUUGUCUCCGGAGACUUCCGCCGCGCCGGAAUCUUCAGAGGUCUUGAACAACCCGGCAACACCAAACUCUUCUUCCAUCUGUUCUUUUUCCAAUGAACAACCCGCAAAUGAUAAGCAGAACAAAACUGGGGAUCAUGAUGAUGAAGACAAAACAAAGAAACCGUUGAAACCCAAAAAGAAGAAUCAAAAGAAGCAGAGGGAACCAAUAUUUGCCUUCAUGACCAAGAGUGAAAUAGAUCACUUAGAUGAUGGCUAUAGAUGGAGAAAGUAUGGUCAAAAAGCUGUGAAGAACAGCUCUUAUCCCAGGAGCUAUUAUCGUUGCACUACCGCAGGGUGUGGGGUAAAGAAGAGAUUCGAGAGAUCGUCUGACGAUCCGACUACCGUCGUGACGACGUACGAAGGCCAGCAUAUUCAUCCGUGUCCGAUAAUGCCUCGAGGAGCCAUUGGAUUUGCUGUCGAUUCCUCGAGUUUCGGUGCUCCGUCUUUCGUUGUUCCUCAACCUCAGUAUCUACACCACAACCAUCAUCAUCAGCAGCAGCAGCAGCAGCAACAAUUACAACCCUAUAUAUACACAUCAUCUCCUUCAUUGAAUAUUACCACAAUGAGCUCAAACUUGAUCCAUAAUCCCUCGUUCAAUGGUUUCUUCCAAGAGAAACCUCGUUUUAACAAUCCGAAUCCUUCAGCUCUAGCACUUAGAGACCAUGGCCUUCUUCAAGAUAUUGUUCACACACCAAUGAGGAGAGAGGCAAAGGAAGAAGAUGAUCAAGAAGAAGAACAAUAAUGGGAAACAAGCAAUAG